CAUCUACACUCGAUUAUUCCUUCCUGGGGAAAAUGGCUGCGCCCUUGUAGCAUUGUUGGUGUUGCUGUGCCGAUCCGGGAGUGAAGAUGUUUGCGUUGCGAAAACCUUUAUGUGAAGCACUGGGUCGGGGCAUUAGGCUGGGAACCGGCCCGGUGAGUGUGGGGAGCCGAGUUGUAGGAAAUGCGGUGUAUGACAGAGAGAGGAGAACCCUGGAAACACGUAGCUGCCUUGCUCAUGCUGUAAGAAAUUAUGCUCGGGCAAGGAAACAAGAUAUUCCCAGCCAGCUUGAUGACUUGCCACCCACUCUGCUGAGGAAAGACUAUGCAGGGAUACAGCUGACGGAUCAAGUGGACGAUGUUGUUAAGCGGUUGUUGUCGCUAGAAAUGGCGAGUAAGACAGAGAAAAUAAAGGUUAAAACACAGCAGCUGGUGGACAAAGUGAAAAGAGGCCCUGAUGACACUUAUUCCCCUGAAGUCAGAAUUGCUAUUUUGACAUCCAGGAUCAGAAAUUAUCAGGAGCACCUUCACAUUCACCCCAAGGACAAGGCAAACAAACGCCGGAUGCUGAUGGCCAUUGACAAACGCAAGAAGCUGCUUAAGAAUUUACGUCUCACUCAUUGGGAGGCAUUUGAAAAUGUGUGCACCCAGCUGGGAAUUGAAUACACCUUUCCACCAGAGUAUUACAGACGUGCCACUCGCAGGUGGUUGGCAAAAAAAGCCCUCUGCUUAAAGGUGUUUCAAGAAACAAAGAGGCUUCGGGAAGCAGGACUGCUAAAGAAGAAGGGACCAACACGAACCACAUCCCAGGAAAAACAAGGAACACCAGUAUAACAGAUAUGCAUGCAAUUUAUGCUGUUUUCCUUCUGUAUGGUUUGCUCUAAAACAAUGUUUAUCUCUGUGUGAAAAACACUCUUUUUGAAUACUCAAUACCCCAAAACAAAUAAAAUAUUUUUUGUGUAAUUGACUUAAUAUGUAUUGAUCAUGACAAUAAAUUCUGCCAUAUGGCUUUG